AUGCUUGAUAUUCUUCAAAUAUAUUUUACUAAAACAAUACAUAAUGAUAAACAAAUAAUAAAAUUUAUUGAAACAAUUCAAAUUUUAUUCAUUGAAUUAACUGAUGAAACAAAUUUUUUAUAUACAAAAAAUCAAGAAAUUCCAUUUGUUAAUGAUUUACUUGAACAUAUUAAAAAUUCAAUUUAUUUAACUUCUCCUUCAUCUUUACUUCAACCUAUAUUACCUUCAUUAAAUAAAAUUCCAUCUAUUCUUUAUGGAUUUCUUGAUGCAAAAUUUCUUUCAUAUUUAUAUAAUUUUGCAACACAAGAAAUAUCUAAAAAGAAAUCUACUGAUAUUGAAGGUAUUCAAUGUCCAAUUGAUAAUCUAUCUGACGAUAAAUUACCAUUAAUUCAAGCAUUUGAAAUAAUGCUUCUUCUUUGUUUUCAAGCUUUAUAUGAUCAAGAAUAUAGUUCAAAUUCAUUUUUAUUAGAAUAUUGUUUAAAUUAUCAAUCAAAUAUAAAUCUAUUAAUACGUAUUCUUGAAGAAAAAAUUUAUUUAUAUAUUGAAGAACUUUCUUUACCAGAUCCAAUAUCAUAUCAAUAUAUAAAUAAAUUUUUAAGUCAUAUAUGUUUAAAUAAAUUUCAAUAUUAUUUAAAUAUUCGUCAAAAUGAUUUUGACUAUUUAACAAAUUUAUUUUCUCAAUCAUUUCGUAUUUAUCGUCGUGAUAUACUUUUAUGUCAAAGAUUUAUUUAUUUAUUUUAUUUAUUUAUUAAAAUAUUUUAUAAAAAAAUACAAGAAAAAUUAUUUUCAAAUGAAAAUUGGUUACAUUUAAAAAAAAUUCUUGAUGUUUUUUGGCAAAUGACAAUAAAUAAAAAUAAUUUAUUAAAUAAUCAUAUAAGAAAAUUAAUUAUUAAAAUAAAACAAAUUCUUAUAAAUGAUGAACAAAUAACAUUUGAUGAUAUACAAAUUAUUUUAAAUGAUUCAUCAUAUUUUAUUCGUUUAGAAGCUAAUAAACUUUGUUUAAAUUUAUUUUAUGAAAAUAAUUCUAAUCAAUUAAUUAAUAUUAAUUCACAAAAUCAAUAUGAAAAUAUUAAUGAUCAAUCAAGUUUAGGAAUAUAUUUUGGUUAUAUUGAAAUAUCAAAAGAUUUUUUAUUAAAUAAUCAAUAUCGUUUAAAAUCAUCUGAUGAACAAAAAAAAAUUUAUCAAUAUUUAAUAGAAAAAAAUUCAUCAUCAAUUUUACUUUUUUAUUAUUUAUCAAAUAUAAGUGAAUAUUUAUUACGUCAAAUAAGUUUUCAUUUAAUUGAAUUUGGAUUAAAAAAUAAAAUAUCAAAACAUAUUAUUAAACAUAUUCUUCAAAAUAUUCCCAUUGAAUCAAUUAUACAAUAUUGGCAUAAACAAUCAUUAUAUAAAAUAAAAGAUUUUCCAUGGGAAUUUUUUAAUAUUAAUUCUAUUGAACAAUAUAAUUCAUAUUUAUUUUCAAUUUAUUUUCUUUCAUCAUUAACUGAUCGUCAACAACUUGAUUCGAUUUUUCAUGAUAUUAAAUCAUCAUUAAUUGAUUAUUUUCCACAAUUACAAGCAUAUUUAUUACCAUUAUUAGCUAAUAAAAUAAAUGAUUAUAAACAAGCAGAAGAGAAUCGACAAUUAAUUGAAAAAAUUAUUACAAAAAAUGAAUAUAAUCGUUUAAUGAAACAAAAAUUAACAAUAAUUAUUUUACAUCUUUUAUUAACUUAUUGGAAUAAUGAAGAAAAUGAAUUUUAUGAUCAAUGGUUACCAGAACCAAUUUUACCUGCUUAUACUUGGUCAAUAUUAAAAAAAACAUUUGAUUAUAUUAAACAAAUAAUGAAUGGAAAAACAUUUUCAGAACUUUUAAUCAAAUUAGUAGAUAUUGGUGAAAUUCUUCUUCAAUUAUCAUCAAAUCUUUUUUCGACAAAUUCUCUUCAUGAACAACUUCGUCUACUUAAUGUUUUCUCAUUAUUUCUAAAUGAUAUAUUAUUAAAUUCUCUUGAUAAUGAUUAUUUGCAUAGUAUAUUACGUGAUUCAACUUAUAUUUUAUUACGUUAUAUUGAAAAAAAUUGUCAAAAAACAUAUCUAAAAAUUUAUCAACAAGAAUUGAAUGAUAAAAUUUUAAAUAUUAUCUGUAAACUUCUUCAUCAAUUAUGUAUUAAAGGACUUGAUUUUGAUUCAUUAAUUUAUCUUCAUCAUAUUCCAGAUAUUGUUUCAACAUUAAUUAAUUAUGAUCAAUAUUUGACAAAAGAACGUAUUCAAAAAAUAUUAAUCCAUAUUUAUCAAGUUAUUAAACAUAAUAAUGAUUCAAUAUAUAUUUUUAUGUCUUAUGCAAUAGAUAAAUUGGGAUAUUUAACAAAUGAAAUCAAGAAAAAACAUCAAAAAAUAACAACUUCUCAUUAUUUUUCAUAUCUUUCUUAUCGUCAUUCAUCGUUACCAGUUAAAUGGAUAUUAGAAAUGUUUCAUAAUCAUUUAGAAAACGAACGAUUAACAUCUUCUCAAUAUUCACUUGAUAUAAAUCCAUCAAUAAUCUUUCUUGUUAAACAACAAUUAAUUGAUUGUAUAACAUUAAAACAUAAUCAUAUUUUAGCUGGAAAAUGUCUAUCAAAAUAUCCAUUAUUUUUAAUAAAUAAUAAUGAAGAAAAUCUUGAAGAUGAUCAAUAUGAACAAAUUCCAUUAUGGAUUAUUGAUGAUUUAAUUAUGUUUUAUUUAAUUGAUAAAGAACAAUCUAUUGUUGAAUGUACACGUUAUACAUUAAAAACAAUUUUAAAUCAUUCAAUUGGACAAGAACUUUAUCAAAAAUAUCUUAAAAAUGAUUUAAUACAAAUAUAUUCGAAACCAUUUUUAUCUCAAAUAAAUUGUUCAUUAAAAAUUCAAUCAAAUUUAAAUUCAUUAUCAAAUCCAUGGUUAAUAACUUCAUUUAAUACAUGGUUUAUAUCAUUAGUUAAUUAUUUAUUAAAACAAAUUGAAUAUUAUUAUAUAGAAAAAAAAGAAAUAGGACAUUCAUAUGCAUUUAUAUUUAUUCAAUUAAAACAUUUAAUACAAUUAAAAAUAGAAUUAGCAAAAAAAUUAUUUCCACAUUUAAUUUAUUGUUUAUUAUUACUUCCAAUCAAUUUCAAUAUACGUCAAUUAUUAACAGAAAAUUUUAAUUUUCUUCUUGAACAAUUAAUUAAUAAUAAUAAUAAUGAAAAUAAUUUUACUUAUAUUCAAAUAGCAAAAAUUUUUUUUCGAACAAUUAAUUUUUUAAGACAAUGUCCAAUUGAAAAUUUAAAUAAAAGAAAUGUUGGAAAAAACAUAUUUCUUAAUUUUGAAAAUCAUUUUUGGUUAGAUAUUGAUUAUUUUCAAUUAGCUAAAUGUGCAUCUAAAUAUCAAUGUUAUCAAUCAGCUAUUAUUUAUACUGAUAUUUGGACAACAAAACAAAGAUCAAUUUUACCAGCUAAUAAUUAUUCAACACAUUUAUAUUAUUCUGAUAUUGAUCUAUUAUCUUCCUCAUCAGAUAUAAUAGAUUUAUUUGUUCGUAUACAUUCGAAUAUGAAUCAAUCUGAUGAGUUUUAUGGUCUAGAUAAAUGUUUUCAAAAUCGUCCAAAUCUAUAUGGAGAAUUUAAUCAAUUAAAUAAUAAUUAUUAUGAUUCAUUAUUUUAUUAUGAUCAAGCAGCAUUAACAAUAGAUUCAUCAAAAUUAAUUCAAUCAUUACGUUUAUGUGGAUUUAAUCAUAUACUUGAACAAUAUUUACAUCAAAUUUCAUCAUUAUCUGAUCAAAUAUUUUAUCGUAUUCAAUUAACAUCAUUAUUAACUGAACAAAAUAAAUUAACACAAUGGAAAACUUAUAAUGAACAAUCAUCAAAUCAUAUUCGAGAAAAUAUUUUAUCAAUAAUACAACGACAAAUACGUGUUCCAUCAUCAUCAAUACCACAAUUAAUUGAUCAUAAUUUAUGGUCAAAUGUUUCUGAUUUACGUGAAUGUUCUUUGAUUAAUAUUAUUGAUGAUAUUACAAUGAAUUAUCAAAAUCCUGAAAUAUUAUCAAAAAUUUGGAUGAAUCAAUUUCAUAAUCAAAUUAGAGAAGAUCUGUUCGAUCAAAAUGAUGAAAUUUUAUUAACACGUGUUGCUAUAACACAUAAAUUAUUAUUACAUAAUAUUAAUGAAGAUAUAGAAAAUCAAAAUAUUAAACAAACACUUUUAGCAGAUCUUGUUACACAAUUAUGUCGAAAUGCAUUGGAUUCAAAAAAACUUCAAUUAUGUGAUCGAUAUUUAAGUGAUUUAUCUCCAUUAAUCGAUUCAUCAUAUUCUCAUGAAUUAUCUUUUCUUCGUGCAAAAGUUCUUGUUCUUCGUCAACAAGAUACAGCAGGUGAAUAUCUUCGACAAUUAAUUGAAUCUCCAUUACCAGAUUCAAUACAUAUUCGUUGUCGUUUAUUAUUAUGUGAUUGGCUUAAUGAAACUCGAUGUGAAACAUCAACAACAAUAAAACAACAACUUGAUACAAUAUCAAAUUCAAUUAAAAAUCUCGAUACAUCAUCAUUAUCACUUAUAUUUGAAUCUUAUUUAGCAAUGGCACAUUUUAGUGAUAAUGAAUAUCAACGUUUAAAUCAAUUAUUUCAUUCACCAAUGUUUGAAAAUAAACGUUUAUUAAUAACACGUAAUCAAAUUGAAUAUAAUAAACAAGAAAAAUUAGAUCCAUUAGGACGUUAUACAAAAGUUUUAAAACGUAGUUUAGAUAUGGAUAAAAAAGAAAUUGAUGAACAAAAAAAAUUACAAUAUAGUUAUUUAAUUUCAACAUUAAAUAAUUAUUUAAUAUGUUUAAAAUUAUUUUCUAAUUUAUCAAAAACUCAACAAACAAAUCAAUUCAUAUCAAAAGAUAUUAUAAAAAAUAAUUCUGUACCAGAAAUAAUGAUUACAUCAAAAUGUCUUUCAUAUUGGUUUACAAAUUCAAAUAAUGAUGAAGUUAAUAAAACAUUAAAAAAAAAUCUUUUAAAAAUUUCAACAUAUUUUUUCUUACCAUUUGUUUAUCAAAUGGCAGCAAGAAUGGCAUUAACAAAUGAUAAAUUACCAUUAACAUUUCAUUCUAUUCUUUUAGAAUAUUUAUCACGAUGUAUUAUUGAUCAUCCUCAUCAUGUUUUACCUGUUAUAUUUGCUCUUGCUAAUGCUCAUAAAGAUGCACAUAUUAAUCAACAAUCAUCAACAACUACAACUAAAAAAAUAAAUACCAUUGGAAUUAUUCAAUUAAAUAAUGAAAUUAAUAAUGAUGCUCGUUCACGUGCUGCUCAAUAUUUAUUAGAUGAAUGUGCAAAAGUUAAACCACAACUUGUUGAUCAAAUGAGAAAAUUAAAUGAUGCUUAUAUUGAAGCAGCUUAUUGGGAUGUAACACCAACGAAAACUGAUCAACAAGGAAAAGAUACAAAUGGAAAAAAUCCAAUAUUUUCAAAACAUCUUCGACUUAUGCAUAUUAAAGAUUUUCAUGAAGUUGCUGUACCUACAAUAACAAUACCUGUUGCUAAUGAUGGUAUUUAUAAAAAUAUUGAAACAAUUAAAAAUUUUAAUUCAGAAUAUGCAAUGGUUGGUGGUGUUAAUGCACCAAAAAAAAUCUUAUGUCAUAGUUCAACUGGUCGUCAAUUGUCUCAAUUACUUAAAGGAAAAGAUGAUUUAAGACAAGAUGCAGUUAUGCAACAAUUAUUUACUGUUGUUAAUCGUUUAUUAGAUAAAGAUGAUCUUACAUGUCAUCGAUCACUUAAUAUUCGAACAUAUAAAGUUGUUCCAUUAACGCAAAAAAGUGGAGUAUUAGAAUGGUGUGAAGGUACAAUAACAUUUGGAGAUUAUUUAACAAAAGUACCUGACGGUGCACAUCAACGUUAUCAUCCAGAUGAUUGGACAGCUAUGGAUUGUCGACGACAUAUACAUAAAAAUACAAAUUCUGGCAAAGAUGAACGUAAACGUGCAUUUAUGCAUGCAUGUUCAAGAUUACAACCAGUAUUUCGUUAUUUCUUUUAUGAAUAUUAUAAUAAACCAAGUAUAUGGCAUAGAAAAAAACAAGCUUACGCUAAAAGUGUAGCAACAUCAUCAAUUGUUGGAUAUAUUGUUGGACUUGGUGAUCGUCAUGUACAAAAUAUUUUAAUUGAUACACAAACAGCUGAAGUUAUUCAUAUAGAUUUAGGUGUUGCCUUUGAUCAAGGAAAAAUGUUACCAAUACCUGAAUCUAUUCCAUUUCGAUUAACACGUGAUAUUAUUGAUGGUCUUGGUAUAUGUGGUACAGAAGGUCUUUUUAAAAAAAGUUGUGAAAUAACACUUGAAUUAAUGCGUCAAUAUGCAGAUGCGUUAAUAACAAUUAUUGAAGUUUUUCUUUAUGAUCCACUUUAUCAAUGGCAAUUAUCACCACAAAAAGCAUUACAACUUCAGCAACAAUUUGAUAAAACAAAUGAUUCUGUUGCAUCAUCUUUAACUCGAUUUUCAGGAAAAGGAAGUAUGCUACCACCAUCGUCAUCUGCAACAUCUUCAAACAUUGGAGGAGAAUCAGUUACAACAGAUACAAAUAAAAUGGCUGAACGACUUCUAUUAGGUCUUCGACAAAAGUUACAGGGAGUUGAACGUCUAAAUCAAAUGACUAUAAAAGCUCAUGUUAAUAUGUUAAUACAAGAAGCAACAAGUAUAGAAAAUUUAUCCCAAUUGUUUGCUGGUUGGCAGCCCUACUUGUAA